AGGGGGACCCGGCAGUCUCCGCUGGUACACCGAGCUGCGUGUUACCUCGUUCCUCGAUUACUGUAUCACGUUCUCGCCAUAAUCAGCGUCGACGCGCGUCCGAUCUGACAGCUCUUGUGGUACAGUCGCGGCUGCACGUCGACGUAACACGCGCGCGCAUAUACACACACACACACACUCACACUCACAACACACACUCACUCACAACACACCCUAUAUAUAUAUAUACACAUUUUUACACACGACUCACAGAUACACACGCUGGUGACCGAAGAACGCGAUCCAACCCCGUGACACACGCGCAUCGUGUGCAUAGAAGAUCGUUUGCGGGCACAUCGGACGCGAACGAAGAUAAAAGAGAGUUGGAGCAGUGCGAAGACGGGCACAAAGCGUGAUCGGGGGCCAAAGUGAACAGGGAUACGGGACGAGAUACUUGGUGGUGUGAGAGCCAGGUGCACGGUCCCCGUUUCGUCUAGACGUCAUCGAGGAGUAACACGUGCAGAUCGAGCAACGUGUGUGACUCGAAACGGCGACCAAGCACGGCAAAAGCGCGCAAGGAAAUUACCGAGAGGAAUAGUGGAUAAACGUCCAAUAGGAUAUUCCAAGGGUAUUACGGAACUAGUGAUCUUCCACUGACGUCACUUGGUGCUUUCGUGCUUCAACGGAGCAACCAGAAUAGUGUGUUAGCUGGCCUGACAGAGACACAUUUAACAAUCAGAGGGUGGGUUUAACGAACGAGCAGCACCGUAGCCAAAGUUCCGAGCCACUGUCGACCCUGGUGUCGUCGAGUGGCUGAUCGUCGAGUAACAGCGACGCGUUUGCAGCAAGACGGCCGAUCGUGUGAACGUGCUGCAUAAUAUUCCGCGGCUGCCACGUCCAGCAACAGCCCGAAGAUUCUCCCAGCAAAGGCCAAGAUGCACAUCGAGGUGCAGGUGGCGCUCAACUUCGUGAUAUCGUACCUUUACAACAAACUGCCUCGUAGGCGGGUGAACAUCUUCGGCGAGGAACUGGAGAAAGCGCUAAAGGACAAGUUUAAGGGUCACUGGUACCCAGAGAAGCCGUUCAAGGGAUCCGCAUUCAGAUGCCUGAAAACCGGCGACCCGGUGGAUCCCGUGCUGGAACGAGCCGCGAAAGAGAGCGGUGUACCGAUCCAGGACAUCCUGGAGAACCUUCCGGCGGAAUUGGCCGUCUGGGUGGACCCCGGCGAGGUGAGCUAUCGCAUCGGCGAGAUGAACGCUGUGAAGAUCCUCUACUCUGAAACUGGGGACCCUCACGACGACAGCUCGGCCGAUCGCGAGGUGACCAAGACCUUCAAUCCCGAGGCUCAGUGCUUCAGGCCCAUCGAGGCUGUCGGCACGUCCCUCGGAGGGCUCAGUCUGAGCCCCAAGUCCACCUCGCCGUUCCCCAGCUCGUUGGGCAGCAACACCAGUAACGGAUCGUCCAACAACCAGCAAAACGGACACGGAUCCGGUUCCUCGUCGGCACCCUCGCCGACACCAAUCACCAGCUCGUUCAAGGGUUCGCCUAGUCCUGUGCCAGCUUUCAUCCCACGCACCACCGCCCCGCUCACCUUCACCACCGCUACCUUCGCCCAGACCAAGUUUGGCAGCACCAAACUGAAAACCAGCAGCAAACGGGCGAACAGAAUGUCUCCCACCGAGUUCUCGAACUACAUUAAGCAGCGCGCCAUGCAGCAACAGAUCCAUCAUCACCAUCAUCACCAGCAGCACCAACAACAGCAGCAGCAGCAGCAACAACAACAGCAACAACAGCAGCAACAGCAAGCAGCCGCUGGUGGGUUACCAGUGUCGCAAAGAUCUCCCCGCAGCCGUAGCCUGUCUCCUGGAAGCAUAGUCGCCGGCGCUGGCCAACAACACACGGAUCCGAGCGCGUACUUCUUCCAGCACGGUCCGACCGCGUAUCAUCCGCAGUUCCCUCAUCGCAACAUCUUCGACUCGUCCAGCCACGGCGGUUACCUGUCCGGCGAUCUGUACACGGGCGCCAAUUUCCCGUCGUCCUACCUCGAUCCUACCACGAUCACCGGUCAUCAGUUCUACGCUGGCACCGUGAACGGAAGCAGCAAUGCGGCCGGAAGCAACGGUAAUUCGCAGACAGCCGGCAAUCUCGGUCCGGUCGGUUCCACCGCGGCCAACAGCAACGUGAACGGCAUCGGUCAGCAACAGGACAAGACCGCGUUGGUCGAAGGUCUGAAUAACUUCGGCCUCGGUUCCGUCGCGCCGUAUCCUGCUAGCCAGUACCAGCACCUGCUCGUAGCCAACUAACACCCCAAACGAGUGGAAACCGAGUGACUAACGCGGCUCGAGCCGCGUCUCAUCCUCGGUGUUGCUUCGUCAGACAGGAGGAAGAAGAGAGACGGAGGCCUCCUUCCGCUCUCUCAAGCGUCGAGACAUCGUCCAGAGUCUAGGUUCCGUACCCUGACCAUACCUGAUCCGCUUGCACCAUCUGAUCCGAAGGUUUCUUGCGCGUAGCUGACGAUGCCGUCGAUUCCUGCUCAUCCAUUAGUUCCCACUCUGUCUCUCUCUCCGAAGUUAACCAAAUAUCGUCGUCGCCACGGUAGCCCCAAGCCUUCACCCUGCGAUCGAUCAUCGACGUCGUCGUCUCCGGCGAUGCGCCAAUCAUUCGUCUAGAUGAUUUGUUCGCUCCCGUUUACUCGUACGGGAGGAUCCCUUUCGUCCAGAGAGGAUUCUCGUGGUGUUCAAUCGGUCCAUCGAUUCACACCAGCGACGCGAAACGUCGGAGAGGAAGAGGAGCUUCACUUCGGCGAAGAGGAACGAGCAAUUGCACCAGGUGGACGCGCGACGCGAGUUGAUGAGAAAAACAGGGAGGAGAGCGAAUGAGAGAGCGAGAAAGACCGUGUGUUGGGUGCGCCUGUGUACCGAUGCGUGCUUGCAAGACGUUUAAGAGAGGAGCCAUGAGGCGGAACGAAGAGGAGGAGGGACUUUGACGCGACGGGACUCGCGAACACGAACGAGCGAUCGACUAACGUAGAGCCGCGGUGUAUACUAAUGUUCGUCAUUGAAAACCACCGACACGGACCCGGCGUUGCAACGGCGUUAGGCGUCCGUUCGACGGUAUUAGAAAAAAAUAAAAAUAAAAAUAAUGGCUGCUCCUGUUGCGUUACAGUUACGUUAAUCUAGAGCAGCCACUCGAGACGAGCACAGACAGAGUGAGAGGGAAUGACACGGACCAACGUAUCGGUUUCCAGAGUAACAAGUCGAACGAACACGCCGCGCGCCCACACCUGGGACACCUAAAACAGCCAAGAGAAACACACACACGUGCACACGAAGUACGUAAAAUUCCACACAAGCCCAGAUUUCACACGCAACCGGACACACUCUCACCCACCAUUUACCUGGCGACACACAUUGUAUACAUAACGUACGUACAUAACACGCACCCCCUGCUGAUGGACGAUCAUCGGAUACACGAGCAGGACCGGGUGGACACUUUAUCGCGCACGACUUCACCAACACGUACACAGAUAUUACCAACGCGUAAUAAUUUAUUUUUUCACUGGUAUAGUCGGAGAAUUGAUAAUGAAUAUAUCUGUAGAGCCUAUGUAUUAUAUUCAAGAUAUGCACUCACUUGGCGGGUUCUCGCGAAACGGUUAGGGACUACUUGUAGCCUCUGCCGAUCCGUCGACGAACGAAAGAGAAAAGCAGCCGUUAGCCGGGAACGUUGACGACCGCUCGUGCAUUCGUCUCGUUCGCGUCGAAAUACGAUAUAUAUAUAUACCGGAGAACGACCAGGACUAUCGAUACACGAAAUAAAAGACCCAGUUACGUCUGUCUGUCCGCCGUGUUUUCUCCAACGAUCGAGGAAAGGGACACGCAGCCGCUGGGCGCAGAAUCCUUGGAGGAUUCAUUGUCGAUCGAGUCGCAGAUGGUGCUCGCGGUUCCAUACCGUUCGGAAAACUCGUCCUCGGUACGAUUUUACAUUUUAUUUUUAUAAUAAAUGCAGUAGAGCGUAGAGAGAGAGAGAAAGCAAAGGAGAGGAGAGUAGAAAAGGAAACGAAUGGCGGCAUAUUCGCGCCGAACGAGAAAUACGGCUGAGUUGCGCGACAAUUGCUCCCGACGAAUCGGACUGCACGAUUUCCCUUCGACGCGAGGGUCCGAAUGAUUCUUCAGGGUUCUCCAGAGUCAUCGUGUCGUGGAAGUUGGUGACAACCGGUCGCGGCAGUCGAGGAACUUUCCUAAUUCCGUGCUAUCGGGGCUUUCCAGCUCGCUUUAAUUUCUAGCUGUCUCAUCGAUCCUCUCUUGGCUCUGGAGAAGAGGUGGCCGGCUGUCCAAACUUCCCUGUCGUAAGUUUCAAUUCUGCCGAAAGUUCGGUAACGUUCGGAGAUCGUUGGGAUCGAGAACAAAGGGCCGAGGGCAUCUUAGGCGAACAAAGGUGUCGCGGUUAGCCGUGGGCAGCGCGCAACCAGCCAGGGAUUUCCGUUCGCGAGAUUAAUUAGGUGAUUACGUUAUUAAGUCCUUCGUUGCCGUCCUCGACGGUCGAACUACGAUUCCGAUACCUUGGAUAUUCGAAAGUGCCGCUGUGUUUCACGAGAUCUUCGCGGAGUGCCAAUGAUGGGACGAAUUUCAUUUAGAAACAAAUUUUUUACCUCUUAGUCAAAUGAAAUUAAUUUUGAACUUAAUUCAAAAGAAAUUCCGCGCGUCUGAAAAAGCGAUCAGUUUUCACUGAUUAAUCUCUAAAUUCUUUCUUUUUUUUUUUAUUCGAUCCUCGGCUUCUCGAAUCGUAUCCAUUCGUCGAGACGGACAUCCGGUAGACAGCAACGAUGGCGGAGGUGCCGCGAGCCGCGGGCCGGGCACUAGGUGCUAAAAGUAUUAAAAAAGAAAAAUACAAAAAAAAAAACAACAGUGUUUAAUCUUGUCGUCGUGGGACAAACGUACGGAAUACGCGUGACAGGAAACUGUCGACCGGCUUGCGAGUAAAAACCACCGCCUUGUACAGCGAGGAAAUACUCGGCAUUCGUCGAUCGAUCGGCUCGGUUCAGCCGCGAGUCCUCUUCUCCUUAGACUAGUUUCUUACCUUAGCGUCACUUCUAAACGCGCCGAGCGUGUAGUAUCAUUUGAAGCGUGACGUUCUCAUCGUUUUUUCGUACGAAUUUUUGAUAUAGCCCGUUUUGUAUACGAACGACGAGCAACUUCCGGUACAGUCGGUCGCGAUCGACCGUCGUACCCGUCUGAAUCGCGAGCGAAAGAUCGACGGACACGCGAAUUUCUUCACCAGAAGUGAUUGAUACUUUUAUCUAAGCCUGUUAAUCGAACUUGUACUAAGAAUAUUUCCUCUACAAAAAAAAAAAAAAAAAAAACUGUUCUUACUGCGGUCUACUAACGAUGUUAAUUAUAAAUGAUCGAUGUUAAACAGUCACUUCCUAGAAAUUAAUCUGGUGGACGAGCGAGCUAGUCGGCAGACGAUGUUUCCGGUCGCGUGGGGGGGUGCUAAACAAGUUUUUAAACUGCGGAACUAAUAAGGGUAGUAGAAAGGGGGGGGUGAGAUCCGCGAUGGAAUAGAGGCGAGUGGUGAGAAGACGAGAGGAACAGUACCCUUUAGUAAUAUCUAAACUUAAUUGUAACUAUUAACGAUACGUACGACUGUGGUAGCUAUGCUAGUACCUGCUAUUGUUAAAGAGAGAAAGAGAGGGAGAGAGAGAGCGAGGAAAGCACGUGAAAGAGAGAAAGUGAGGGAGAGGUAGAGAGCGAAAGAGAAGUCGAAAGAGUGAUCGAGAGGAUUAGGGAAAUUUGUGGAUUGAUUUUAAACGAAACCAAUGUCCAUCCGUCGGAGUUUCGAGAUCGUUAGAUCGAUCAUCGUUGAUUACCUCGCGAUAAAAUAUAACAUUCGCGACGGUGAACGAUGGAGAAUUCGAUCGCGGACAGCUUCGAGACGAGAAGGACGAGCAUCGGAGAGGGAGAGACAACUCCUCGCGCCGAUUAUUUUUCUAAUCUUUGUAAUCGCCAACGAAAGAAAGGGGUUUCUCGAGUACGGGAAUUCUUUGAAAAAUCCUCCGUUCGACCGGAAGAAGAUCCUAUUAGAGACGAUUUGUCGCGUCGUGAAUGGUGGUCCUUGCGUCUCGAGGCGUCGCGACUGGCCGGGAUAAUCGAUGAUGCCGGAAAGGGUUGAAAGAGAGAGAGAGAGAGAGAGAGAGAGGAGGCAAGCGUUGCAAUAAGUUGCGAAUCAAAUGUGGAUCUCGGCUUGAGACGAGAGGCUCAGCUCAGCGAAGAAUCAAAUACACACAUACACACACACACUCACACACACAUAACAUUUACACAUACGAUGUAUACUCUUUUUAGCAGAAGAGAAAAUGGUGCGGGAUUCAAAUGGAAAUCGGGAAGGAGGGGAGAAAAGACGGAUGUAAAAAGGGAUAUAUUGAUAGAGCAUACAUUGAAGAUAUACAAAAGAUAAACAUAUAGUAUUAUACGAUUACAAUACGAUUGUAAUGAAACACUUUGUAAGCCAGGAAACAAACAGAAAAAAAAAAAGAAAUUACGCAUAGUUUUCCAUAAUCUGUAAUGGAUGUAUUCGUUAACAAAAAAAUGAAAAAAAGAAAAAAACAGAAAAAGACGAGGGCGGGAAGUUAAGGUUUAAUUACACGGGCACACACAUACGUACACGUACACAUACACGCCGUUCGAAGUAACUCGGGUACACGACACAAGAAGUAAAAGAAAAUGAACAAAAAAAAAAAAAGAACAUAAUAAGAUAAUAACAUGAAAUAACGUGACGACGUAACAACGGUAAUCUGUCUCUUUAAAGUAUCAUGUGUCUAUAAACUAUAGCGAUCGAUAUUGUCUCUUUAACCGUAAAUGGAGAAACAAGUAAUCGUGGUAACGUAAAUAAUGUCAUAGCGAUAACCGAACACUGCAAUAUUAGAUAUAAUAUUAUAUUCAUACAUUUAUGGGAGAGAAUGAUUGGUAAAAGGAUGGACAGAUGAAAGUUGUGCGCAGCUCUGAUACGCGUUACGAAGAAUCUAAAGAGGAAGGGGGGAAAAAGUAGGAUCACGUAUGAAAUAAAAAGAAACUUAUGGGAAAAUUGUAGAGAAAAUGGUUGCUGAAUCGGCAAAAAGGGAGAUAAAUUCCGAGUGUUCGUUUUCGCUGGUGAACGAUCGAAAGGAUGGAGAGAAAAACAAGGGGAACGGAAAACGGCAUCGUCGCGCACGCGUGUCAGAGCGGAAGUGAGCAGAAGAAACGCGUGAAUGAGAGCAACCAGAUGAGAGUAAGAGAGAACCGGGCACACGAUCUCCAGGUACAGUUGAAAAGAGAAAGCCAUUUCACGCUAAAAAGGAGCAACAGAAGAGCAAAAUAAAAACGACGCUGAAAAGGAAGAGAACAAUAUUAAUAUGCGUUUUGUGUAUCGGACACACUCGAAGCCAACACACACAUACAUACACACACGACAUACACGAAGGAACACAGAAGAAAGACCCAAAAAAAAAAAAAAAAUGAACCUAUCGAUUAUUCUACCAAGUAAUGAAUUAACAAGAGGAUGAUCAUUAGAUUUGUAAUUAAUUACAUAUAUAUUUUUCAAUACUUUAACUACUUACUGAAUGUAAACUAUAUACAUAUAAUUAUAUAUUAUAUAUAUUAUAUAUAUAUUAUAUAUAUACACACACGUACCGUAUAGGGCUGUACCUCGGUUACAGCGUGGCGAAAGAAGGGGUUGAUUCGUCGAUUUUCCCGUCCCCGCGACAAUGAAUGAAAAAAGAAGGAAAAGGGGUGAAAGAUCGAUAGUACCAAACGACAGAAACAAGACGAACGAGGUGAAACGUCGUUUCGACCUUGUCGAGAAGCGGAAAUCGACGGAUCGAUCCCCGAUUCCGCGACUCGAGGGGUGGCGAAGAGUUCGCUCGAACGCCGUCCCUUGACACACGAACAGGAAGAGAUCUACGCUAGACAAAGAAAGAAAGAAAACCAACCUUUUUGUACCCCACCCAAGUCACACUCUCGGUGUCGAAAUGGUAAACAGACGAAAAGCAAAAAAAAAAAAAAAAUGAAAAAAAUAAUUGCAAAACAAGCAACUAUGUUACUCGUGUAAGUGCAUCCUAAAUGUAACUGUUACGAAAUGCCCCUUCUCCGAAACCCCACCCCAGGCCCCAGUCUUCAUCGUUUCGUACGUAGCAAGAGGGAUGAAAAAGAGAAAGAGGUGAAAAAAGAAAAAUAAAUGAAGCGGCAGAGCGAUCAGAUACCUAUUGAGAGUGAGAGAAAGAAUGUGUGCGCGCGUGUGUGUGUGUGUGUGUGAGGGGGUGAAUUUUUUGAGUUGAUGGGUCGAGGCGGAGAAACGAAAUUUCCGGAAACGAGGCUGACAGACCGCGUGAGUUCGAUUCGUUUGUUCCAUAAAUUUUGAAGGGGUGAGAAAUAUUUGUUUCUGCACCCUUUCACGGCGUUGUUCUAUUAUUAUUUUUCUUUUCUUUUUUUUUUUUUCAAUUCUAUUCGCUGACGAUUUUCAUGUCUUUUACGUUUCUGUACGUGUACACAUGUCGUUGUUCGUGAAUGCGGUUUGACUGGUGUAUGGGUGCGCGAGGGGUGAAAGAAAGAGUGCACAGGGCGAGAGGGAUAAAAUAUGUGUGCGAGCAAAAGAAACAGCGAGACACUGUGCGCCUAUAUAUGUAUAUCUGUAUAUAGGUACCUUUUUUCACCCGCUACCAUUGUUUCCUUUAUACUUCUUCUCCUGUGUUUUUUUUUCUUUUUUAUUACUAUUAUUAGUGUUAAUGUUAUUAUUGUAAUCGAGAUGUAUUUUCUGUUGGCUUUAGAUUUUGUUCCUUUAUUUUUGUACGAGAACCGUUUUACCUAUUUUUUUUUUUGCAAUCGUGUGCGCAUAAGUUAAGAAUAUAUUUUUUUUCUUUCUUACCAUCGAUCCACGAAUAUCUCGAUCGUUGAAUAACGAUCGAGAUAUUCUUUAGUCUUUUUUAAGGUGAUCCUUUUUCAAUAAUUUUAUUUUUCUCCUUUUGUCUUCAUUUUUCUUUUUUAUAGUUUAUUAUUGUUGUUUUUCUUUUUUGUAUGAUAUUUGAUUAUACCAGCGUGCAUCGCGCCUCCAGAUUAAUAUAAUAUAUACUGCUAUAUUAUUAUAUAUAUAUAUAUAUACACAAUAUACAUAUACAUAUAUAUAUAUUUUUGUUAAUAAUAACAGUGGUUUGGUAACCACUUUGUGAAGAAAAUUGUGAAAAAAUUGUGAAAAAAAGAAAACGUGAAGAGGAGAGCGAAGAACUGUGUCACGUUUUCAGUGUGUGUUGCUUAGUUAAAAGAUGAUAAACAAAAAAGACCAGGGUGAAGAAAGAGAAAAUUAAGAAGGAAUCGUUUCUUAACAAUUUUUCGUGGGUUCAGGUCGUUUCUUCGACCGGAAACAAUAAAUUCGAAAAGGAAAUGAGGGAUGAAAGCACUCGCACACACCACAUACACAUAACACACAUAGACACACGAACGAGAGCAAACGAAGAAAAAAAAAAACAAAUGUGUGAAACAAAAAAUGAAACUCGCGUGUAAUAUACUUAUAAUAUCAUUUUGUAAAUUAUUUUUUGUAUUUUUAUAUAUAUACGUAUACAUAUAUAUAAAUAUCGAAGCAUACGAGACAAAGCGGAACAGUGUUUUUGUGCGUACGAAUCAGGUUCAGAAAAGAUCGGAAGAGAGAGGGAGAGAAAGAAGAAAGUAGCGAGAGAAUGUAUGAGAAAUGCGUAAGGAUAAUUGUCGACGUGAUAAUACGCGAAGAAGGGAAAUAAUUUGGAAUAAAACGGAAAAGAUCAGGCGCGAUUGCGAAAGAGAUUGAAAGAACGCGCGGAAGAGUGUGACAGCGAGAGAUAAGUGUGUAGUGUGGAUGCGUGAAAGAGAGAAAGAAAAAAUGAGCGCAAAAUAAAAAAAUCUCGUGACGCGAUUGAUAAAUAUAAUUUGACGAUACUUAAAAUCGAUCAAAAGUCGUCCUUGAUAAAUGCGCUUGUAUGCAGCUUGUUCGUGAUGGAACAAAAAGAAAUAAUAAAAAAAAAAGAAAGAAACGUGUACACACAUACACACAAUGCACACACGUGACACAAUCUCUCAUUGUAACAUACACAGAGAACGGAUCGCGUUGAUUCGAACGAGUCCCGAGAUGAAAAUGGAUUUUUCUGUUCCCUAAUUAUUUGUACCUUCGUAUUUGUAUUUCUGCAGCUUGUCAAAUGCUUUGUUUAUCACUACCGCUACUACUAUUGUAAUUACUAUCAUUAAUUCUCUUAUGAUUACUACUACUUAUUAAUAUUAUUACUGCUAAUGGAUUUUCAAUAAUCGUAGCGUGUAUCGACCUUGUUUUUUGUACCACUCUUUUACUUUGUUCUAAAUAAUUAUAAUUUUUUCUUUUCUGUGUGUGUAUUCGCGUUGGAGAACGCGCUGAAAACAGUCGCGUUUUCGUUUUUCUUUUUUUAAUUUUACAAUUAGAUGUAGCGCGAUCGCUUCCAAAGAGAACGAUUGUGCGAGAACAAUGGAAACCUCGCAAACAACAACCAGUUAAAGUCGUAUUUAGUAGCCAGAAACAGCAGCAGCAGCAGCAGCAGCGUGUUGUUAGAUUAAUUAUUAAUGAAGAACACCGCCACGAUCGAACGGCGCACUCUGUGUUCGGCGAUGGUUGAGACCGGAAGCGGUUCGCCCUUCCGGCUGGUGUUCUUGCUCGUCGAGGGGGUACACGUAUCGAAAGAGAACGAAGGUAUAUCCAGAUCUUUUAUAAUUUUAUAGAAAAAAGAAUCACAGUCGAUUCUGGACGCGUGAUAGUACCCAGGAUUCCUA